GUGCCCAGUGUCAUGGCGGCGUGCAAGCAGUGCUGCUCACGCCUCCGGCCUCUGGCAGAGGGGCCCCUUCGUCUGCCAGGGCGGAGUCGGGCACUCAGCUCCUUGCUUGUGCGAGCUCUGUCGUCUAGCGCAGGGUCCCGAUCCGUGGCUGUGGACUUAGGCAACAGAAAAUUAGAACUAUCCUCUGGAAAACUGGCAAGGUUUGCAGAUGGCUGUGCUGUGGUACAGUCAGGUGACACUGCAGUGAUGGUUACAGCAGUCAGUAAAACAAAACCUUCACCUUCCCAAUUCAUGCCUUUGGUAGUUGACUACAGACAGAAGGCUGCUGCAGCUGGUAGAAUUCCUACAAACUACCUUAGAAGAGAGCUUGGAUCUUCUGAUAAAGAAAUUCUUACAAGUCGAGUAAUAGAUCGUUCAAUUAGACCUCUUUUUCCAGCUGGCUAUUUUUAUGAUACCCAGGUCCUUUGUAAUUUGUUAGCAGUAGAUGGUAUUAAUGAACCUGAUGUUCUAGCAAUUAAUGGAGCUUCUGCAGCCCUCUCAUUAUCAGAUAUUCCAUGGAAUGGACCUAUUGGGGCUGUACGAAUAGGAAUGAUUGAUGGAGAAUGUGUUGUUAACCCAACAAGAAAAGAAAUGUCUUCUAGUACUUUAAAUUUAGUGGUUGCUGGAGCACCUAAAAGUCAGAUUGUCAUGCUGGAAGCUUCUGCAGAAAACAUCUUACAGCAGGAUUUUUGCCAUGCUGUCAAGGUGGGAGUAAAAUAUACCCAACAAAUAAUCCAGGGCAUCCAGCAGUUGGUGAAAGAAGUUGGUGUUACCAAGAGGACACCUCAGAAGUUAUCUACCCCUUCACCAGAGAUUGUGAAGCAUGCUCACAAACUUGCCAUGGAGAAACUCUAUACAGUUUUCACAGAUUAUGAACAUGAUAAGAUCUCCAGAGAUGAAACUGUUAACAAAAUUAGAUUAGAUACAGAGGAACAACUAAAAGAAAAAUUUCCAGAUGUCGACCCAUAUGAAAUAAUAGAAUCCUUCAAUAUUGUUGCAAAGGAAGUUUUUAGAAGUAUUAUUUUGAAUGAAUACAAAAGGUGUGAUGGACGAGAUUUGACUUCACUUAGGAAUAUAAGUUGUGAGGUAGAUAUGUUUAAAACUCUUCAUGGAUCAGCAUUAUUUCAAAGGGGACAAACACAGGUGCUCUGUACUGUUACAUUUGAUUCACUAGAAUCUAGUAUUAAGUCAGAUCAAAUUAUAACAGCUAUAAAUGAAAUAAAAGAUAAAAAUUUCAUGCUGCACUAUGAGUUUCCUCCUUAUGCAACUAAUGAAAUUGGCAAAGUCACUGGAGUAAAUAGAAGAGAACUUGGACAUGGUGCUCUUGCUGAGAAAGCUUUGUAUCCUGUUAUUCCCAAAGAUUUUCCUUUUACCAUAAGAGUCACCUCUGAAGUCCUAGAGUCAAAUGGAUCAUCUUCAAUGGCAUCUGCAUGUGGUGGAAGUUUGGCAUUAAUGGAUGCAGGGGUUCCAAUUUCAUCUGCUGUUGCAGGUGUAGCAAUAGGAUUGGUUACCAAAAGCAACCCAGACAAUGGUGAAAUAGAAGAUUAUCGUUUGCUGACAGAUAUUCUGGGAAUUGAAGAUUACAAUGGUGACAUGGAUUUCAAAAUAGCUGGUACAAAUAAGGGAAUAACUGCAUUACAGGCUGAUAUUAAAUUACCUGGAAUACCAAUAAAAAUUGUAAUGGAAGCCAUUCAGCAAGCAUCAAUGGCAAAGAAGGAGAUAUUACAGAUAAUGAACAAAACUAUUUCAAAACCUCGAGCAUCUAGAAAAGAAAAUGGACCUGUUGUAGAAACUGUUCAAGUUCCAUUAUCAAAACGAGCCAAAUUUGUAGGACCAGGUGGAUAUCACUUAAAGAAACUUCAGGCUCAAACAGGUGUAACUAUUAGUCAGGUGGAUGAAGAAACAUAUUCUAUAUUUGCACCAACACCUAAUGCCAUGCAUGAAGCAAGAGACUUCAUUACUGAACUGUGCAAAGAUGAUCAAGAGCAGAAAUUAGAAUUUGGAGCAGUUUAUACAGCCACAAUAACUGAAAUCAGAGACAUUGGAGUAAUGGUAAAGCUCUAUCCAAAUAUGACUGCAGUACUGCUUCAUAACUCACAACUUGAUCAGCGAAAGAUUAAACACCCUACUGCCCUAGGAUUGGAAGUUGGCCAAGAAAUUCAGGUGAAAUACUUUGGGCGUGAUCCAGCAGAUGGAAGAAUGAGACUUUCUCGUAAAGUACUUCAGUCUCCAGCUACAAAUGUUGUCAAAACUCUAAAUGAAAGAAGCAGCAUAGUAAUGGGAGAAUCUGUUUCACAGUCUUCAUCUAAUUCUUCCCAGUAACUUAUUUUUUUUUAAGACAAUUCUAGGGUGAUAGUCCAUAGAGCAAAAUUUUAGCAGUGUCCUCUAAUGUGUGAACUUGUAUAAAUAUAUUCUAAUUAUUUUUA